AGACGGACCAUCACCGAGUGGCGCAAAGCGCAGGCAGUUUGAGCAUCACAUAUCGACCCAUCUAUCUGGGGAAUUAGAAUUCAAUUGACAGACGAACAAACAGAUUUUACUUGCAAACUUCCCUGCUGUUCAACUCCAACUCCAACUCCAACUCCAACUCCACUCUCCUCGAGCUUUUGGAGCGCAAUGAAAGCACCGGCGUCAACUUUCUCUAAAGCCCCCGUCAAGUUCAGGAUGCCAACUGCGGACAACUUGGUACCAAUUCGUUUGGACAUCGAAAUCGAUGGGCAGAGAUUCAAAGAUGCUUUUACUUGGAACCCUUCUGAUCCGGAUUCGGAAGUCGCUGUAUUUGCAAAAAGGACGGUGAAAGAUUUGAAGCUGCCUCAAGCAUUCAUAACACAGAUUGCUUCAUCCAUUCAAUUGCAGCUUGCAGAAUUUCGAUCAUUUGAAGGACAAGAUAUGUACACUGGCGAGAAGAUUGUUCCUAUUAAGCUUGAUCUUCGAGUUAAUCAUACACUUAUAAAGGACCAAUUUUUGUGGGAUUUGAACAACUUUGAGAGUGAUCCGGAAGAGUUUGCUAGAACCUUCUGCAGAGAUCUGGGCAUUGAGGACCCUGAAGUUGGACCGGCAGUUGCCUUUGCUAUUAGAGAGCAGCUUUUUGAGGUUGCAACUCAAAGUGUAGCUUCAGCAAGAGAAAGCAGACUAAGCAAGAAGGGUCGGCGGGGGUUUGAAUAUGUUCCAGCCAGUAAAGCAGGUGGUGCUGUACUGGACCUGGUGAAGCUAUUUGGUCAUAAAUCUAGUGUUGUUCGGAAAAGAAAGGAGUGGGAAGUAUACGAACCCAUUGUUGAUCAUCUAUCUAAUGAGGAAGUGGAUGCCCUUGAAGCAAGAGAAGAGAGGAAUUUCCGAUUUAACCCAAAUAAGAGUUUGCUUCGGGCAGUGCUAUUUAGGCUCCCUUUGUUGCAUAUUUUGAUAUUGCACUAAUGAUAUUAUUAUGCAAGUGAGACGAGAUGGAAAUGGGAGUCAUCUCUUAAAUGCGAACCGGUACUGGGGAGUCCUUCCCAUUCCGUCCCAGAUAAAGAUCAGCGAGACUGUCUUCAGGUGGGGCUCCCUUUUAAAGCUUGUGGACAGAUCUAGCUAGGUCUUAAGCCAGCUGGCCCGGUCAAGCCUACCAUUGACAUACAAUCACUCGUCCCUCAUAAGCUCAUGCACUGUGCUCGGUAUGUGUUCUAGAAUAAUGCUAUUUUUCAUAUUUUGUUAUCCUUACAUCAAUAGAUAUGACUCAUUUAAUUAAUUUCAUAGACCAAAUGCACUUAAAUGAAAAGUCACAUUUGACAAA